CAGAAGGCCUGGACUCGGAGUAGUCUUGCUCCGCGCGCUGUCAUUUCCAGUCUGGAGAAUCGGAGGGCAGUGCGGCUGUGAGGUGCCGAGCCGCUAGUUAACUAAUAUUCGCCGAAAUACUUACAGACUUUCACCCGCUAACCGACUAAAGGAGAACAAAACAGACAGGGCGUGGGGAUCCGCGAGGACGACGCCGGGGACGCGCAGAGGAGAGUUCCAGGGAACAGCAAUCCCAGCGAGAGAGAGAGAGAGAGAAAGAGGGCGACAGCGAGACGGGAAAAAGAGAGAUUUUCAGUAGCGGGUGGCCGGCGGAGCCGUGCGUUUUAAGGGACUGCAAUGCACCGGUUAAGGACUUGUGCUGCCAAGCUGAGGCCUCUCACGGCCUCUCAGACUGCUCAGAACUUCUCACACAAAAGGCCGGCGGCCCCGAGGACGUUUCAGCCAAUCAGGUGCUACACUGCGCCUGUGGCCGCCGAGCCCUUCCUCAGCGGGACUAGCUCAAACUAUGUGGAGGAGAUGUACUAUGCAUGGCUGGAGAACCCCAAGAGCGUACAUAAGUCCUGGGACAUAUUCUUCCGCAAUGCCAACGCGGGUGCCGCCCCAGGCACGGCCUACCAGAGCCCCCCUCCCCUGGGCAGGAGUUUGUCGGGGCUGGCGCAGGCUCAGGCGCUGGUCAGCACCCAGCCCAACGUGGAGAAGCUGGUGGAGGAUCACCUGGCUGUUCAGUCGCUCAUCCGUGCCUAUCAGAUUCGCGGGCACCAUGUUGCUCAGCUGGACCCCCUCGGCAUCAUGGACGCAGAUCUGGACUCUUGCGUCCCGACGGAUAUAAUCACGUCCUCGGAUAAACUCGACCUUGCUGUGUUCAAGGAGCGGCUGGGAAUUCUGACGGUCGGAGGUAUGCAUCUGAUCCCAUGUCCCCAUUUCCGUCUUUAUUUCUGUCAUUCCUUUUCAUCCUUUAUUCUCUUCCCCCAAUUAACUGCUCCUGUGCAUCUCUGUCCUGUCCAUCCUCUUUCUGCAUUUGUUCUUUCCUUCACGUUUUCCCCCCUCUCCCCCACUUGUUGUCUCUCCCUUCCAUCCUGUCUUGCUCUCUCUGGUGCAGUGAAUGGGUUAGUAAGAGAACAAACACCCUUCCCCCAGAUCGGAUUCACCACCGACCCCCGAAUGGCCCGCUCCUCGCCGUACCCCACGGAUGUGGCGCGCGUGGUCAACGCCCCCAUCUUCCACGUGAACGCGGACGACCCCGAGGCUGUGAUGUACGUCUGUAACGUGGCGGCCGAGUGGAGGGCGACGUUCCACAAGGACGUGGUGGUGGAUUUGGUGUGCUACAGGCGGAAUGGUCACAAUGAGAUGGACGAGCCCAUGUUCACCCAGCCCCUGAUGUACAAGCAGAUCAAGAAGCAAAAACCGGUGCUUCAGAAGUACGCCGAGAAGCUCAUUGCUGAUGGAACAGUGACCCGGCAAGAGUACGAGGAGGAAAUUUCCAAGUAUGAUAAGAUCUGUGAGGAGGCGUACACACGCUCCAAGGACGAGAAAAUCCUCCACAUCAAGCACUGGUUGGACUCCCCCUGGCCCGGUUUCUUCACUCUGGACGGCCAGCCUAAGAGUAUGACCUGCCCAUCAACCGGCCUGAGCGAGGAGGAGCUCGGUCAUAUCGGACAGGUGGCUUCCUCUGUGCCCGUCGAGGACUUCACCAUCCAUGGAGGUCUGACCCGUAUCCUGAAGGGGCGUGGGGAGAUGAUUAAGAACCGCAUGGUGGACUGGGCUCUGGCGGAGUACAUGGCCUUCGGCUCUCUGCUGAAAGAGGGCAUCCAUGUCCGGCUAAGUGGACAGGAUGUGGAGAGAGGGACCUUCAGCCAUCGGCACCAUGUACUGCAUGAUCAGAAUGUAGACAAGAGGACCUGUAUCCCCAUGAACCACAUCUCUCCUAACCAGGCCCCUUACACUGUGUGCAACAGCUCCCUGUCCGAGUACGGUGUCCUGGGGUUCGAGCUCGGCUUCGCCAUGGCGAGCCCCAACGCCCUCGUCCUGUGGGAGGCCCAGUUCGGGGAUUUUCACAACACGGCGCAGGCCAUCAUCGACCAGUUCAUCUGCCCCGGCCAGGCCAAGUGGGUGCGCCAGAACGGCAUCGUCCUGCUGCUGCCCCACGGCUUGGAAGGAAUGGGCCCAGAGCACUCCUCCGCUCGUCCAGAGAGGUUUUUGCAGAUGUGCAAUGAUGACCCAGAUGUGUUCCCGAGAGUCACCGAGGACUUUGCUGUGCGUCAGCUGUACGACUGUAACUGGAUCGUCGUCAACUGCUCCUCACCGGCCAACUAUUUCCACGUGCUGCGGAGGCAGAUCCUGUUGCCCUUCAGGAAACCACUCAUUGUUUUCACCCCAAAGUCUCUGCUGCGUCACCCUGAGGCCAAGUCCACUUUUGAUGAAAUGCUGCCAGGCACUCACUUCCAGCGACUGAUCCGGGAGGAGGGGCCGGCGGCACAGUCCCCCGAGGGUGUGCGCCGCCUCCUCUUCUGCACAGGGAAGGUGUAUUACGAGCUGACCAAGGAGCGCAAGGCACGCGGGCUGGAGUCCCAGAUUGCCAUCUCCCGCAUGGAGCAGCUCUCUCCGUUCCCCUUCGACCUGGUGAAGGCCGAGGCUGACAAGUACCCGGAGGCGGACCUGGUGUGGUGUCAGGAGGAGCACAAGAACCAAGGCUACUACGACUACGUCAAACCACGCAUCCUCACCACGUUUGGUCGCGAGCGGCCAGUCUGGUAAGCAGACUUUCCCUGCAUGUUG